GUCUUGCUCCUCUGAUGAAAAAACAACAAAUUCACUAAGUAGAACCCUAAAUUACACUUCUGGAUAUGAGUGAUACAAAGUGUGAGGUCGUGUCCGCUUUAGUAGCUGAGAACUCUCAAGAACAAGAUGAAAGUUUGUUAAUUUCACUUGACAUUGAAGACGACAAGUUGUUUCUCUUACAUUUCAUCAUAGGAACUUACUUUGGACCAGAUUUAAGAACACAUAAGCUUAUAAAGCAAUCAGCUUUUCAGAUUCAAGCGUCUAAGAAGAAUGUUGUAGCAGAUGAGUUAAGUGGCUCACUUAUGAAGAGGGCUGAGGUAGAACGUGUGUAUUAUCACAUUCUUAGAAAUGUUGAUCAGUCUCUAAUCAUACUGCCGAGGAAGCUGCGUUAUUAUUUCAAUGGAAAACGCAAUGGUUCGAACGGUGAUUGCCCUCUUUUCGUGGAUCUUUAUCCGCAAAAACUGCAUCCUGAAACCCGUGUUGGGAAUAGGUAUAAGUUUAUCAAAAGCAUUGUGUUCAUCAAUGAUCCAGAUACUUCUUGUAUGAGAAAAGACUGUGUUGAACGGUUUAAGCAGCUUACGGGAUUGGAUAGCUUUGCUUUGAGCCUUAGUGUUGAAGUAACUGAAAGUAACAGUGUUGUUGAAGCUAAUGAGGUUGAGGAUAAGAUGGAUGAGAGCUUGGAACCGUUGAAAGAGAUUGAACAUGUGUUGGAAGUGCCUACUACAUGUGAUGGCAAUGAUAAGGCGGGUAUUUGCACUAGCGGUGAAGAAAGCGAUGUUGCUGCAAAACCCGAGGCGAUAUCUGAAGAUGAGGGUGAACUAAUGGUGGGACUGAUGGAUAUUGGUGAAUGUGAUGAUGCUUAUCUCUUCCGUGUAGCUCUUCCGGGUGUGAAAAGAGAUGAGAAAUAUUUUAGCUGUGCAGUUGAAGACAAUGGGAAGGUACUAAUCAGAGGAGUCACUACAACAGGCGAGAAGCGAGUUCAACGGUAUUCUCAGCUGUUUGAAAUGCAAACGCAGAAUCUCUGCUUGCCCGGUCACUUUUCUGUCUCGUUCCGCCUCCCUGGUCCUGUCCAUCCGGAGGACUUUUCUGGCAACUUUGGAACAGAUGGGAUUCUUGAAGCAAUUGUAAUGAAAAAGUUGCAAAAACAAACUGUGUAAUCAUAAUAGCUAUAGAAUGCCUUUUUGGUUUUGGUUAUA